AUGCCCCACUCCACCCCCAUCCUCCCCAGUCAUCCCCCCGCCCCAGGGCUGAUAGUCCUCCCCUGGAGACUGGAAAAGAAACUCCACACCUCUUAUGGCUCAGCCUCCACCCAUCAACAGAACCUCCCAGCACAGCCCUCCUCCAACCCAAACAGCAGCCCCACAGCACAGGCACCACCUCUGAGAGGUAGUGAGCUCUUUGCUUCGGGGGUGAGCAAGCAGCAGAGUUUGGGCCACUUCUUGGCAGGCCAUGUGGAAGGGCUGGACUGGAUGAUUCCUGGGGCCCCUUCCAGUUCUCGUAUGUCUGGGGUUUUGGUUGCCUGA